AUGGGAUUGUAGUUUUUUUACCCAGUUGGCUUUAACACACAUAGUCUCGUACUUUUGUAUUUUUUACAAAUGUUCAAAUAUUUUUUAUUUCGGAUCGAAUAUUGUACACGUUGUGAUUCAAGUUUUAGCUGGUUGUUAUGAUUCAUGGUUUAUAACGCUUUAAAGCAACAAAUCUCCAAAGAGGAAAAGUGAAUGAAAAUACUCCCGGAACCAGUAGGUCGAAAAAGUGGGCGGGCGCUUCAGUCUUGCACAGACUUCAGAAACGGUCAAGCACUGAACCGGGAUUUCGGGGAAAAAAACGGGAACCGCUGUGUCCAUUUUGUUUUACUGUCUUUGCGGGGAAAGCCAGCAGAGUUGGAGGAAGAACAAAAAGGAUUCUGUAAAGUCACAGUAUGGAUAAGAUGUUUCACAUUGUUGUCUUUGACAAGACAAAUGAGGUUGAAGUUGUGCCUUCAGUCUGGAUUAAAAAUGGAGAGUGCAUGUGGCCUCCAAAUAAGAUAGAUAUAACAAAAGCUGUGAAAUCACAGGAGAGUCCUGGAGAUGACUGGAAGCCCCAUAAGGCCAGAAUUAUUUUCACGUCACAUGACUACAAGGAAGCUAGACGCAAACUACCACUUGCUGUUGAUCACACAGACAUUGAUCAGACCGAUGGAGGAGACUCACCAAUUACAUUUCAAAGAAAAAGAAUACCCAAGAACAUUCUUUUCCCUGGAGAAGACGACGACGAUGAUAAUGCGAUGGAAGAGCACCUGAAAGAACCAAAAUCAAGAAAAGGCAGAAGGUAUUCUAUACCCGAUGCUCCGAAAAUUGCUAGACAUGCCAACAAAUUAGACCCAGGAAAGCCAAACUGCCCUAAGAUCUUCCACAGUACUCUUGCCCUCCACAAUGAUGAGAUGGAAGGAAUUAAAGCAACAAAGUCCAAAAAAAAGAGGUAUGCCUUACCUAAUGCUCCAGUGAUCUCUAGGGAACAGAUUUCUCCUGCAGUAGACAACCUCCACCUUAGUGGCCAAGGCAGAACUGACCUUCAUUCACGCGAUCAUAGCAGUCCUGAUGUUAGCCUACAUGGCCAAAGCAGUCCUCACCUUCGUCCACAUGGCCAAAAGAGUCCCAAUCUUCUCCCAAGUUGCUACAGUCCUGACUUGUAUGCAGAUUGCCACAGCACUCCUGAGAUCCACUCAAGUCAGCAGACCAGCAUUGCUAUGUUAUCAUCGGGCUGGAAUUUUCUCUCCGAGAGUUGUACAUUAAGUAAAUCAAGCACUGAGACCCUUUUAAGCCAAGCCAACGUUGAGGUCAGAAGACCAGCCCAUAAAAGUAAAGAGAUCCAUAAAAAAAAGCACUCCGAACCUUCGACGCUCCCUCAGCCACACCAGACCACGGACAUCGAGCAAACAUCCAGUCACCAAAUUUUUCUUCUUCGUAAUAUAUUAACAAAACAGGAGAUGCUUAUGGACCAAAUGCGAAUUAUCAUGAAGACCCUCCAGUGUAUGCAAUCAAGUCAGGAGACAGAGAUAGGCCUAGAUCGAAAUUUGUUGCCUCUCAAAGAUCUCACUUCUCUACAGAGCAUGGAGGGCAAUCUGCGGAGUACUCCUGACCUCCAUAAGCAAUUGGUAAACACUCUGGCUCUUAAAGGUGGGGCGGAUGUGCAGGAGUCUGUUUGGAGAAUCAUGCAUGGUCUGUUUACCAACUCCUUGGCGAGGAAAGUUAACAUGAGAGGAUUGAAUGGAAAGAUUAGCUUCCUACGCCUACAGAUACGAGAUGUUGUGAUUGCGGCUGUGAGACGUAACCGUCUAACAUCCGAUGCCACAGAGAAAGACAUUGAUUCCACCGUUAAAAGAUGGCUGUAUCUGGCCCCAGACAGAGAUGGUGGACGGAAAGAAAGGAUGAAGAGCAAAGUGCUUAAGGACAAUAUGACUGGUUAACAGGAUUCAGGCUUGGAUGUUCAAAAGCUCUGUCGAGAGUUCAAAUUGUUCAGUGACAGAAUUACUGUUUCAGAGUCAUUUGAAGAGUACUACUUGUUCCUAGCCAUAAACGUGGACGUAAAAAGUGUUUUGUGAAGUGAAACUUGUUGAUGAAACAUGUUCUAGUGUUAUAUGUUUAGUGAAUCUUGUUCGUGACCAGAAACAUGGAUGUUCAAGCAUUAAGCAAAGCAAUGAAACUUGAUGAUCAAGUACCACUUAAAGUGAAACAGAGUGAAAUAAAGUGAAAACAGCACUUGUUUUAUUUUUGUUUUUCAUUUAUUUUUAGCUGAACUGACAGAGGAGUGUCAUUUUAGAGAGGAGUUUGUACAACGGAAAAAUGUCAUGAUGAAAAAACAGAUGCCAAUGCUUUGAUGUUUAACACAAUUAAAUAUUUGUUCAGAA